UCUCUCCUCUCCUGCUCUCCUGUUUCAGCCAGCCUGUCUGCCCUCUAGCGUAGUACUCUCCUUUCACUCGCCGCUAUUCAUCACCAUCUAGGAUACUUUUACACGUACCCACGCAGGUAGACAGAUACUGGACUGAAGAGUUUGGCUCAUAGGUACAGAUUUAUGUACAUUAGUUUGUAAAAAGCUAGAAGUGUGGAUCUGUAGCAGUGCUGCUGAAGUUUCCUCUUCCCACUACGUGUUUUUUUUCCAAAGGAUAUCACACACAGCUGCAGAGGUGCUGAUGUUGUGUUGCUGACAUCUUUUGGAGCCAAGACAUAUAUUGACUGGAGCAGUGGGAUUGACGCAACACGCCUUUUGCUAACUAAAGCACACGUUUAACUUCCCAGGAACUCAGCAGAGAUCCCACAGAGAUCUUCAUACUGCACCAUCUCACCUAUCAUAGCAAGGUGUCAAGUUGGAGAGACGGAGAGCAACUUUUUGAUGAGGUCUCUGUUAUGUGGCUGCUGCCAGCUCCCACUGUAGCAAACAAAGUCGAUGACUGAGAACUCCGCCUCCCAUGAUGGACAAGAAAAGUGCCAACGGCUUUCAAACCAAAGCCAGUGAGGGCGGUGUUCAGAGGAAGCAGCUGCCCUACUCAGUGGAAACUCCCUAUGGCUUCCAUCUGGACUUGGACUUCCUCAAAUAUGUUGAUGAUAUCGAGAAAGGCAAUACCAUCAAAAGGGUCCACAUUCAGCGCAGGAUUAAAGGCCCACCCAAAUUCAGCACUCUGCCUAGAAAUUUUAGCCUUCCUGGGCAUGGGAUACGACCCGUCCCUAAGGAGACAGCAUGGUCUGGGACAUCCACCCUGGGGCCCAAGCCUAAAUCCAGGGUGACGGAAGUCCAACAAAUCUUUGACUUCCGGCCAAGCGAAGGAGGGACGUCCAGCCAGAGCGGCAGAGUGACCCCCGGUCAAGGAAGCAGUUAUGUUCCAGCGAAGCCUAGAGAGGACAUUGCAGGCGGGGCUCGGGAUGUUGAGGAGAAAGCUGGGGGGAUUCAAAAUCGACCAAACUUACUGCGAGCAUCAAGCAUGCCGAUCACCUUGCAGCAGCGGAAAGGAUCAGAUUCAAGCAGUCCUGACCGUGCUGUGGGAACGCCAGAGGGUGGCUUGACUGAGAACAUGUUCCGUGCAUCGCCGGACAUAACAGAAAGAAGGUGCGUCCCCCAGGAUCGGACGGGGCUUCAUCAGCAGAUCACUGUGGCGCUGAAGCGAGUCAGAGAGCUGGAAGAGCAAGUCAAAACCAUCCCAGAACUGAAGGCUCAGAUCUGCUCUCUGAGAGAAGAGAGGGAGCAGCUACUGCUUCAACUCCAAGCCCAGACCAAAGCCAAGGUUACUGCAUUGUCCUCUACAGAUUUAACAAGUUCUGAGUCUAGGACGCAUGCCAAGCCACAAGGACACAGGCCGUCAGAAGGACUUACCUUAGAUCUGACAACUCAGCCUACUGGAGGUUUAGGAGAAUCAAAGAAACAAAUACAUCCAUUAGACAAACAAAAGGAGACCCUAGAGGGUCCUCUGAAUCAUGCGGUGCAAAAGCUGUUGCAGGACACUGAAAGGCAGGAAGUAAAAGCAUUAAAGGAGGGAGAGACAAGCAGUGUUUCUGAUGGUUAUGCAGCAACAGAUGGAAAACUUGAGGAUUCAGAGACACAGAAGCUGCGGGAGAGGCUAAUGAUACUGGAGGCUAAGCUAAGUCGGGCUAGCCAAGACCUAGAGAGAACCAAUAAUCUCUUAAAAGAACAAUUAGAGGAAAACAAGAUGAAAGAAGAGAAGAUACUACAACUGAGUGAGGGUGUAAGGGUUGAGAUAUGUUCUCCAGAUUUUGAUAACAGACCAAGACGAGUGAGUAUCGAUGCAGGGACAGAGACAGAGAAAAUAGAUGUUGCCAAUCAAGAGACGGAGACCGAAUCGCCAGGUACAGUAGAUCAAGGAACAGAUACAGACAGGAUCUGUAUUGAAGUGUGCAUACCAAUACCCAUGACUGAAAGUACAGAUCAAGGAAAAGAGACUAGUCAAGUUCAGACUCAGGAGCAGGUGACAGAGAUAGCAGCAGAAUUAGCUGCUGGGAGUCCCCCGAGGCCGAGAGCCAACAGCAUGGAGCGGGGAACGGUAACUGAGAGGAUCCCUACCCAGGAUCAGAUGACUGAGACACCCGUAGCAGAGAGAGUUAACCAAGUCACAGAAACAGAGGGAGAAACAGUAACAAACCAUCCACACAGACCGAGGGCAAGUAGUGUAGACCGGGGGACAGAGACGGAGAGAGUGAGCACUGUGGACAGGGUGACGGAGACGGAAGUAGCACAGAGGACGGAUCAGCAAACAGGGACAGAGACAGAUAGACGUCCACAUAACAAUCCAUGUAGAGGUGCAGAAGCAGAAGGUGAAGUGAGGGUAGAUGCAGGCAGUGAAAGGCAAGAAGAUGUAGGCGCUGUGGUUAAUGAAAGAGAGGAGGAUAAAGAAGCUACUGAGAGAAUUCAAAGAGAUAAAGAAGAAAAGGAAAGUGUGGACAUACAGGUUGUUGUAGAGAGUUCAGUUGCAGUUACAGAAAGCAAAGCUGAACAAGUUGUAGUUCCAGAUAAUGUGAGCCCAGCUGAAGGCCAAACAAGUGAGGCUGUCAUAGCAAGAGAAAGUGCAGAAUAUAAGAAUGAAAAAGAUGUGGCUGUGGCUGAAAAUGACUCAGAAAGAAAGGAAACUGUAGCACCAGAAAGUGAAGUAAAAGACAUAGUUGAACCACAGAAGACAGCUCCAGAGACAGUAGAGAAGAAACAAUUUGUAGAUGCUGAGAUUGUGCAUGCAGUUAUCAAAGAAACUGUAGUCACUGAAAAGGCUGUAGUAGAACCAGAGAAGACAGCGGCUCCUGUGCGACCCCAGAGAGGUAGAAAGUUCUCAGCUGAGCAGGUACAGCCGCUACCUCUUCAACCUCAGGUAGCACCUGUGCGUCCUCGUAGAGGUUCCAGUGAAGCCCAGAAGCCCCAGGCAAAAACACAGCCCCAAGUUCAGGCAAAGGGUCCACCUCAGCCAGAUACUCCAACCUCUGCACAGGUCAUUGAACCAGAGGUAAAAGAAACCCCAUCUUUGACUCAGGUUGAAGAGCCAAGCAUAGCAAAGAAACCCCCUGAAGAGAAACAACCUCAACCAAAACCUCAGCCCGAGACUAAGACACCACUACCAGGCCCAAGUGAAGUCCAAAUUCGUCCAAAAUCAAUUCAAACACAUCCCCAAACUACUGCAGCUCGACGGGACUCCAAAGAGAUUAAGGUAGCAUUGCAAAAGGGAUCAAGUGUGUCACGACCUUCCAGUCGUGUAUCAGGAGAAGCCCAGACCCAGCCAACUCGCCAAGCGUCCAUUGACACCCAACCCCAAACUCAGGUUUCUCGUAGAAGUUCCGGUGAGACUCAGCUUCCAGGCAAAGAAGCAAGUGAGACAAAAGUCCUACGCAAAGGCUCCACUGAAACAGUCCAGCGCAGAGGUUCAGGUGAAGCUAAGGCCCCACGUCGAGACUCUGGAGAAUCCCAGACACCCCGCAGAGGUUCAGGGGACACAGUCUUACGUCGUGGUUCAAGUGAAGCCCAAGCCACACGUAAGGACUCAGUUGAUGCCCAGGCGACUCGAAGAGGAUCUGGGGAAACAGCUCAGCGACGUGGCUCAAGUGAAGCCCAAACCUCUCGUAAAGACUCUGGCGAGGCUCCCCGCAGAGGUUCCAGUGAGUCACCGACAUCGCCAGCGGCUUUGGGCCAAGUCGUAACCCGGCUAACAGGCCUUCUGGGGGAGCAGUGGGCACAGCUGGGGAGCGGCUCUGGAACUCAACAGACGGCGAGCCAGCAGGAGAGCCCAAACACACUGAAACAGACGGCAGGGAAAAGAGCAGAGGCGGGGAAAGGAGCAACAGCCAAGCCUGCGGGGAAAGCAGCGCCUACAGCAUCAACAGGGAAACCAGCAGGGAAGCCUGGUCCUUCCAAAAUGAGCUCUAUUCAAAGUCAGCUGGUUAGCUCCCUCAGUGUCCUCUCUGCCUUCUACUCACCGGGUCAGAAAGCUUCAGCUGCCAGCAAACAGCAAGAACAAGGUCUCAAAUCUAUCAUGAAGAAAGAUGGUGUUGCUGACAAGCAGGGGAACAAGGGAGCAAAGAAAAACUUGAAGUUUGUCGGGGUGAACGGAGGCUACGAGACGACAUCCAGUGAAGAGUCCAGUGGAGAUGAGAAGUCAAAGGUGGAGGUGGAGGAGGAAGACAGCUCAGAGCCGGAGGUGGAAAAGGAGAAGGAGACGGAACCUCAGCAGGCAGAGAAGCCCGAGGAGGGAGCAGAGAGCCAGCAGACAGGUUCAGAGGCCGCAGCUGAGGCAGGAGGUGCUGUGGCUGCAGAGAAGGAGAGUGAAAGAGGUCUGCUGGAUCCAGAUGACAGCCAGCUCCUAGAUGACCCAGCUGAGAGGGAGAAAGUCGACAAAGGUUUCUUAGAUGCCUGCGUUUAUGUGAAAGACCGCAUGGAGGAGGUUUCAUCCCCAGAUAAAGAAAUGCGUCAGGUUUUAGUGGUGCUCUACAAGGAGUGGUUUAAGGUCUCCAGCCAGAAAGACUCGCAGGCGGAUACAGUCAGAUUAUACCUGCGUCAAGUGGGCUUAACCACACCUACUCUCCUGCCAUAUGUUGUUAACUUGACGGAUGGCAAUGGGAAUAUGGCCCUCCACUACAGCGUGUCGCACUCAAACUUCCCUGUGGUCAAACUGCUGCUCGACACAGGUCUAUGCGAGACAGAUAAUGUGAACAAGGCAGGCUACACUCCCGUGAUGCUCGCUGCUCUGACAGCUGCUGAGAGUCCCGAUGAUCUGGAAGUGGCACAGCAGCUGUUGAGGCUGGGUGAUGUCAAUGCAUGCUCCAGACAGGCGGGCCAGACGGCGCUCAUGCUCGCAGUGAGCCACGGCCGCGUUGCCAUGGUGAAGCUGCUCCUGAGCUGCGGCGCCGAUGUAAAUGCUCAGGAUCGGGAGGGCUCCACGGCCCUGAUGUGUGCCAGCGAACACGGGCACAUGCACAUCGUUCGUCUGCUGCUAGAGACGGGACGCUGUGACACCAGUCUCACUGAUAAGAAUGGUCAAACAGCGCUGGUGGUGGCAGAAGGAGCCUCCCACAAAGACAUAGUGGACCUUCUGAAGGCCCAUGCUGAGACCGGAGCCUCUUCUGACCCCUCCUCUUCUACAGGCCUCCUCUGAGCCAGGACAACCCAGUUUACCGCUCCAGGCCAGUUCAGCUAUGUAACCUGCAAGCCUCAAUUUCAAAGACAGAAAAAGAGAGGGCUCUCUUUGACCAAUGGGAAAAGUUGAAAUGUUCUGUUUACGACAUCCAAACCUCUGAAGUGUCCAGCCGUGAACGCCCACAUCUUUCUUCCACAUCCCUGCCCUGUGGGUGUUUACGGAUAUGCUGCAUCAACCACUCAGUGGACGGACCACAAAAUGCUCGGAUUAAUAUGAAGACAUCAUGUGAUUGACGGGAUUUCACUAAGGGGGACAGGGUGAGGAUUUACAGACAGACCAGGGAUGGAUGGGCUGAAGAGAUAUUCGGACAAACUGCUGCUUCUUUUCAUCAACGAGCUCUUCAAGCAAAAUACUAAGCACAUGAUCUACCUUUUAAAUAUAAAUAUAUAAAAAGUAUGACAUUAUUUCUAUUUUUAUGUUAAGACAUUGCCAUCUUUCUUUUCAUAUUUGGACAUAAGCCAUUAUUUGAGAAUAUAUGUAGAAUGUUAUUCUAUCAGAUUAUAAUCAUAUACAAACACAGAAAUGGUAUUUUCUACUGCACUUUUUUAUUGUGAUUGUGUACAGUGAAUUAUAACCCUCUCUAUAUGAAUAUAUAUAUCAGUGUCAGGAGAAAUAUAUAGCUCCAAAAGUGCUUAUCAGAAAAAUUGAAAAAACAGUGAACUCUUAUCAAUUUCCCAUGAUUCUGUUGAUAUUUGACAUAUUUUAAUGCAUUAUUUUCACCACAGUGAUGAUUUUUGGUGUAUUUGGCGCUGGUAAGCAUCAUGUUUAAGUUAUUAAAAAACAAAUGACUAAACUGAAGACAAUAUCCCAGAUUAAGAAAGAAAAAAGUCUUCUUAUAAGGAGAUUGUUGAGAAGGUGAUGCAUGCCAACACAGUGAAGCUCCCCCUAGUGGCUGUCUAACAGUACUAAACCGCAGUAUGUUCUAAUACUGUCUAUUCCCAAGAUUAACAUCUCCUUCAGAUCAAAUAUAAUGUAUGUCUUGUUCUGCUCGUUUCCAAUCAUGUAUGCAACUGCUACAAAAUGCACAAUGAAUGUCAGGCUGGCUGUCAAACAUUCCAAUAAAUAUGUAGCAAGUCUAACUCUACUGGCAUGGAUUAUGGGACUAACAGGGACAGAAACUGUCAGAUAAUAUAUUGCAGGCAUACUGUAUAAAUGAGACUGCUGUCUCUUAAACGCGUGUGACUCGAGACAUUCAGUCGCUUGGAAAAUCUAACAUUUUGCUCCUGCCUCAAGGCCUUCAUGUUCCAGAAUGAUCAACUGACAGGGAGAGAAAGUGGAAGCACUUGGUUGUUUAUAUUUUGAAGUCUUUAAGAAGCAAUAUUCAUGGAAAAAAAGCAGAGCACAGCUUUGGUUUAGCCUUAACUGAUAGAUGACUGUCCUGCAUUUUAAAGGUGAAAACAUGUUUCAGGGAGUGUAGUCUUUUGCUUCUGUUUUCUGUUUCAAAGUGUCUCUGAACAGGAGCACUGGUGUGAUAAAAUGUUUACAAUGAAUUAUCUCCCCUUUAGUGACCACAGUGGCAACACCUCAGCUGUUGUACAGGCUGCCAUAUCAGCUCCAAUGGUCCAAAAGUACGGCAGUUAAGACCAAAACAUACUGGUUAUUGAUUUGAAUGAAUUAAUAGGGACAACGCAGGGUGGUGCAGUGGAUAGCGAUGUUACUUCACAGCAAGAAGGUUCCUGGUUCAAAUCUUCAUCAGAAAGAUUCUCCCCCAUGUGUGCUCUCCAGGUACUCUGGCUUCCUCCCACCGUCUAAAGACAUGCUCUUUGAGUUAACCUGUCUCUCUAAAAUUCUCCAUAGGUGUGGCUGUUAGUGUGGCUGGUGGUUUGUCUGUGUUUGUCAACUUUGUGAGUAACUGACGACACGUUCAUGGUCAACCCUGCCUCUCAUCCAAUGACAGCUGGGGUAAGCUCCAGCUCUAAUGGCCUAGAACGAGGAAAAAAACUGUAUAAAUAAUGGAUAAUUCAAACUGAACUGAACUGAAGUUAAUUGAAUAUCGGAUUGAGUCAUAAUGAACUGAAUCAAAUAAAAUCCACACAGAUUGAAUUUAGUGAAUUUUAAUUGAAUUGUUUCAAUUGAACUAAUUUAAACUGAAUCAAAUCAAACUGAAUCGAAUAAAAUCAGACUAAAUUGAAUUGAUUUGACUCAAACUGAACCAUAUCAAAUUGAAUCAAAUCAUACUAAAUUGAAUUAAAUUGAAUAGAACUAAACUGAAACUAACUGAACUGAAUAUGAACUUAAUUAUAUCACCCUGAAUUCAACUGAAUUGAAUUAAACCAAAUUGAACUGAAUUAAAUCAGACUAAAUUUAAUUUUAUCCAAUCAAACUGAAUUGAACUGAACUAACUUGAAUUCAAUUCAAUUUAAUUUAAUUGCAAGGGACAAUAAGAGUGCACAGUGUGCUUGUGUAUGACUUUCUUUCACACUCCAAAAACAUGCUUUUUAGUUUCAUUGGUGAAUCUAAAUUGCCCAUAACUGUGCCUGGUUGUCUGUAAAUGCCAGCCCUUUGAUCAACUGAUGACCAGUCUAGAGUAACCUGCCUCUCUCCCAAUGACAGCUGAGAUUGACUCGAUAAUGGAUGGGUGAAGUGAGACGACUUAAAAUAAACUGAGGACAAAUGGGCUGCACAGUGCCACAGUGGUUCAUGAUGUUGCCUCGCAAAAGGUCAAUUGAUGUCUCCAAACUAACAACAGGUGUAAAAAUUACUGGGUUAGGUUGUUAUCUCUUAAGUUAGCCUUGUGAUUGACCGGUGACCAACCAAUGACAGAUGAGAUUGACUCCAUAGGCUUUCCUCACAGGCUUGGCCCUCAGUGGCUAUCUGGUCUGGAACAGUGCUAUUCUUUUUUAUUUGCUACAUCCACGCCUCUGUAACUUUAGCUCUUCUGCUAUCCAGUGGCUGGUAAAAAACAAAAACAGGCCCUGUUUUGUGUUUAAUCAUAGUGGAAAAGGAGGAGCAUGAUAUGGUGGAGCUCUUUGGCUCUAAUGUGUACUACAGACAUAAGUGUCACAUUAAAUACUAUAGGGAAGAAAAUUCUGUGAAAGCUCAUAUGGGGACCCCAAAAAAAGUCAGCAGCCCAGCGAUGGGUUGGGAUGCAGACUGUGGGAAUCAGUGGUAUAGAUGAUGGAUAGUAGAGACAGUGCAAUUGAAAAAAAAAGUUUCAAUACAUUUUCAGUACAGAUAAUUAAAAUGUUCUGCUAAGAGUUUACAGCUUGUGGGAGUGCAGAUGGUCGAGUGGUUUAAAGCGCUACCUAUGUACGCGGGCGGCCUGGGUUCGAAUCCGGCCUGUGGCCCUUUACCGCAUGUCUCUCCCCACUCUCUUCCCCGUUUCCGAAUCUAUCCACUGUCCUUCCUCUGUCAAAUUAAGGCAUAAAAAAGCCCAAAAAUAAAAUCUCAAAAAAAAAAAAAGAAUAGAGUUUAUAGCUUGUUUAGACUGUAUCAGAAACAGCAGUAGCAGUGUCUAGUCACUUUUCAACCCUGCUUUUGAAGUCUGAAGUUCAGCAUUUUGGUUGUUUCCAUCUUGUUUUUGGAAGUAGAUGUGAUCGUAUUUUGCAUGACAGGUCAGAUAAGCAUUGUCAGGCAGCUGUAUGACCAAUCCACUUCUUACAUAAAGUCUGCUUUAGUUCUCUAGAAUCCAACCCCCAAAACUCUGGGUCCUCUUUGUAACAUAAGUGCAGCCAAUUGGACUGUAAGUUCUCCUUCAUCCAGGUCAGGAAGCCUUUAGGAUGGGAGACAAAACAUAUCCAGAAACUUUAACCACGUCCAGUAGAAGUCCUUGGAUUCAACUUGUAAUAACAAAUGGAAUAACUUGCUUCAAGUUUUUCUGUCUAAAACAGUUAUUUUUAACCCCAGCCCCCCUGUGUAAUAUCUGUUUUGGGGCGUUUAUGCCUUUCUUGAUAAAGGACAGUAGAAACUGGGGAGAGAGAGCAGGAAAGACCCGAGGUGUGAGGACAACAGUCUAUGUAUAUGGGACUCAUGGAUAUAACUAUUAGGUUACCAAUACCCAGGUUUUGGUAUUGUCUCAAAGCUUGGAUUACCAUUAUGAUACUAAGGUCAUUCUGAUGGAUAAACAGACCUUCAUGUGCCUCUCUUUAGUGUGACGGGGUUACUGUUGUGACUUUUAGGGGAGGAAAACUCACCUUAACAACUGCCAAAUUUGUGGUCCAGCCUGCGUCUGCAGUCAUUUAUUUCUCUCUACAGGAGCAAUAUUGCUGUCAAAGAGCUUUGAUUAGGUAUAAUAAUCAGCUGUUAUGGUUUCUUUACAAAGCUGGAUUCCAAAUGUACAACUUUGCAUCAGUUUUGAUCAUUUUAUUGCAAAACCAAAUAUGAUUUACUAGCUACUUUUCAGAGAAGCAGAGUGAUUUGACCACAAAUCCUGCACAAGUGCUGUUGUUUUUCUAGCCACUUAAAAUAUGUGGGCAAGAAUAUGGGAGCUUAUAGACUCACAAAAAGGUAAAGCUUUCAUUUAGAUCAUCUUUGUUAUACUGUGGCCACAAUAAUAAGUCCUGAAACUUCAUUAGUAUUUAGGUUCUUCUGGUUCCUUGUCUUAAAGUCUGUGGGAUUUUUGGAUGAGUUUUCAGUUAGAUGCUUGAAAUAAGGUCUGCAGUUAUCCAGGGAUUUUAACUGUUUUUUGUUUGUUUGUUUGUUUGUUUUUUGUCUACAACUCAUGAUACACAUGGAAGUGCCAAACUUCUGAGCUCUAAACUUUUUCACAAAAGAUGUUUGCUAACAAGUGGUUACCCAUGACUUCAGAGUUUGUUGGGGACACCAAACAUUUAUAGCAAACAGGUUUUUUUAGCUAAAACUACUCUGACUCAAACACUUAGAAGACAAGGCACAAAUAUCUUCUUAGGAUUUUUUCAGUUACAGUUUAUUUUAGUGGGCCCUAAUUACCCAGUAAUUUAAAAGUAACUUAAAUUCUCAAGACUAGGAUGGUAAUUAUGUAGUUAAGUUGCAAUAACCUUUGUAAUAUUGUGGCAGUUCUCCGGUAAUUUCUGGGAAAUAAGAUGAUAAUUCUCUAAAUCAGUUGCUUGAUAAUUCCCAGAUAAUUUAAUUAUUUUGGCACACAUAAUUAAAGUGAUUCAUUCCUGAAUAGUUUUCAAGUAUUUUUUAGGGUUAGAGUCAGUGUUAGUGGGGUUGGGCUAGGGUCAAGUACCACCAAUGACCAGAGAAUUGCCACAAUAUUACAAAGAGUUACUUGUUAAUGAAUACAUUAUUACUGGGUAAAUACUUCUGUAGUAGGUUUAAAUGACUGUAGUAGGUUUAAAUGACAAAUUUCUUUCUUUCUUUGAUUCAAAUUUGUAUUUCCUUUUAUUAUAGCAGACUAGUAUAAAAACAAAAAAAAAUCUAUAAUUAUGAACAAAACAGGCAGGAGUCAAACAGACAUUGAUAAAUAUACAAUAAUGCAAAAGCAUCAAAAAUGCCUGACCUGAACAAUUACAUGAUCAGUCCAUCAACAUCCUGACAAGAUCAGGUUCUUCCUGCUAAAAUAUGACAGCUAAGACUGUCCCAUUACUCCUUGGAAAAGUCAUUUUUCUGGUUUUGUUUUUCAAGCAUCUUUUCACAUGCAACUAUUGCUAACAUGUCUUUUGUUUUUACAUUUACAGUGACGAAAUUGUGGGCUACAUCCAAAGUUGUAGGAUUAACUGAGCACAAUCAAACUGAUUAUCAGUUUAAUAUUUGCUGACACAUUUCCUCUUAGGAAUGGUUGGUGAGUGAGCGCCAAAGUCAUGUGAAGAGUAGGCAAGAGUGCAAAAUAAAAGUUGGAAGCAUGAGCAUGAGGCCUAAGUUUAGCUUUUUUUUUAAUCAUUGAUGAUUGCAUUCACGCUUAAAAACUAAUGAAAGUAAUAUUUCAUUUAUUCAACAAAACUUUAAAAGUUGUGUCUUAAACUUUCUUUUUAGCAACAGAGCUUUUUCAGCAACUAUCAAAAACCCAUCAAAAAUCAUGGACUUUUUGUGGAUGGAACCUGCGUGAAGUUUUGACAUCCCUGCAGCAAUUUAUUACAAUUGGAAAUUUUCAGCAGAGGCUUAGUACUCAGAUGUUUGUAGUGAAAGUAGGACAGAUUUUCUCAACAACAUUGGACCAGUCUGGAGGCUAAAUGUUACUGUGCAUCACAUCUUAUUAUAGCUUACCUGUAUAUUAAGGGACAAAUAUUUAAGUUUAAGUAUUGUUCUGCAUUUCAGAUCACUAAAAGGAGGAAUUGAUGGGUGCUGCGUAUAUUUCUGGUCUAUCGGGUCUUCCGUGCCUGUGUAUCGAGUCUUUAAAAUAAACCACAUCCAUGUGUUUAAUCCAGUGUGACCAAGAUGUAUUAAGGUUUCCUAGCUGGCUCCACACCAAAGAAGAGAAAUCUGAUUCACAUGGGGUUAAAGUUCAAUCCAUUUCUGUUCAAUCAGCUGAUUACAUGUACAUACAGUAUUGUGAGAACUAUAUAACAAGUAUUGUCUGACAGUUUACGCUAAAAUGAUAUGAAGUAUUUAUUCCAAAUGCUCUAUUUUUUACCAUAUAUAGUAUACUUAUGUAUGCAUGGACAUGAUGUAUCGGAUGAUUGGAAACUACGCUGACAGUUCCCUGAUGAUGUGAUUAUUCGGCUCAUCGUUGAUUGGUCGGGUGGUGUCGUUACAUGUGUGAUUUGACAGGUUGUGGACUGUAUCAUGUGAACUUUGAUGCUACCUAUGAUGUUUGUGGGGGAAAACAUGAAGCAGUUUAAACACUGGCUAAAGCUAUAAGGGAGAUGUCUCUAUUGUUUGAAUACCCCUCUGAAAAUUAAAGUAUCAACAUGAUUAAAAUGUAAAAAAAAAACAUGUACCUCUAUAAGAGUAUUCCUUGUACAAUGGGCUUAUAUGUAACAAAUCAGAGAAGUACUUCUA